AUGAAAUGCCACAAUCGAGAAAGAUCGUACGAAUGUGACGUCUGUCAUAAGACCUUCAUCCGAAGCGGGUGUCUGACGAAACAUAAAAGAGUGCAUACCGGUGAGCGACCAUAUAAAUGUGAACAUUGUAAUUAUUCCUUCAAAGCCAGUUCGGAGUUACGUAUGCAUAUUAUGUCGCAUACUGGCGUAAAACCUUAUAAAUGUGACACAGACACAUCAGUCGCAUUAAUCUCUCUUCCCCGCGAACUGCUGCCAGGUAAAAUGGUGUCUGAAAACUGUUGUUCUGCGUCUGAAUAUUUACAUUGA